UCAGGAGAGAAAGGUUAUAAGUUAUAUAAUUAAAAUUAUUGAGGACUAUACAGUGAAAAAUGGGGUGUACGGCUAGUACCCCUGUCAUAGUACACCGACCUCCUCCUAAUUGCAGUGUUCAGAAAGAAGGAUAUAUUUUGUAUUGUGCAUCUCAAGGAGGAAAUUGGAAAACUUACCUGUUUCGACUCUAUCAAGACUCUUCCUUUAUUUGGUAUGGAGAAUCCAGUGAAGAGCUUGGCUGUGUAAAACUAAAGGAUGUAGCACCUUUGAUUGCUAUUGGACAAAACUGUCUCCAAGUCCCCAAAAGACCUGAAAUCCCUUCAGGACAAAGCAUAAAUCACAUGAUGGCCUUCCCCUAUAAUCAUCCUCGAGGAACACAUCGCAAGGACAUGAAAAUCAACUGGAUUUUAUUCAGGGGGGAAGACGAAAUGAAGCAGUGGAUUGAAGCACUUGGAGCUGUGCUGCCACCUCCACCACAAGCACAGCAGAAUGGACAUGCCACACAAGGCCAGCCUCCUCCCCCUGGCUUCCAGCCUCAGGCAAUGAAUGGCCAUGUUCAGAAUGGAUAUCCUCCACAGCCAGCCUACCCACCACCUAAUGGAUACCAAGGCCACCACCAGCCACCUCCAGGGCACACCACAACGGUGGUGAACCAGCACCACUACCAUACUGUUCCACAGCAUAGCUCCAGGGGAGAUGAUUUUGCUACAGGUCUGCUGAUUGGAGGAGCAUUGGGCUGGGGUUAUGGUCAUGGCUGGGGAUAUGGUCAUCAUUACCAUGGAUAUGGUUGGGGGAGCUGGGGCUCAUUUCACUCACAUGGAAGUUUUGGAGGAAGUGGUCAUUUUGGAGGUGGAUGUGGAGGAGGGGGUUGUGGUGGAGGAGGAUGUGGGGGUGGGGGAGGAUGUGGGGGUGGCGGGGGAUGUGGGGGUGGUGGGGGAUGUGGCGGGGGAGGCUGUGGUGGGGGAUGUGGAGGUUGUGGUGAUGGAGGAAUUCGUUGUGCUGCAAUUGGCGAAGGAAACAUUUUGCUCUCCUGUUUGAAAAUAUUAAAAAAUGCUCAUUUCGAAAUAGUAACCGUUCUGACGGAGACUCCGUUUAUCCGAAACUUUUGUGAAGAAUCGGGUAUUGAGUGGCAGAACAGAGCAGCAAAUCUUGCAGAGAUAUUAGGUGAUAUACAAAUCCAUUAUCUUUUUAGUAUUUCGAACCCGCGUAUUCUGAAGGAAAGUGAACUAAAGCUUCCCCUAAAUUUAGCUAUCAACUAUCAUGAUUCUCUGCUCCCAGCUUAUGCAGGAGUGCAUGCAACUAGCUGGGCACUGCUACAUGGAGAAACAGAGCAUGGAAUCAGCUGGCAUGUUGUAGAAGCGGGAAUUGAUACAGGCGAUAUUCUUAAAUUUCAGCGAAUUCCGAUCGACAAGAAAGAAUCGGCGCUCACAUUAAAUUUAAAAUGCCAAGACGCUGGGAUACGAUGCUUUGAAGAAUUAGUAUCUGACAUAAAAACUGACGACAUUACCCGCUGCCCCCAACCUUCGGAAGGAAGAUCGUACUUUGGAGUACACGCAAUUCCACCGAAUCUUGGUGUUCUGUCAUUUAACAACGAAUUGAAAGAUAUAUUCAAUCUUGCCCGAUCUCUAGAAUUUGGAAAUCAUGAAAACUCUCUUGGAAGUGCAAAAAUUUUUACCUCAUCAGGAGAAUUUAUCAUGGUCACAAGUACUGAAGUAGCUUGCAGAUUCACAACUGAAGACACUACACCUGGAACAAUAAUUGAUAUUGUCGAUGACAGCCUAAUUGUCAGCACUCUAGGAGAGCCGCUUCUAAUGUCAAUCGCUAAAUUAGAUGGGACCACUAUCCCCCUGUGCAAUUUUAGAAAUCAUGGCCUAGCAACAGGACUAAGAUUAGACAGUAGUUUCUCAGUUGAUGCUUCAAUAUUAGUGCCAGUAAGAAAGCGAGAAGCAUUUUGGAAACGCAUACUCGAAAGAUAUGAACCAACCGUUUUCUUCAAGCAACGGAUGAAUGUUGUUGCUGGCAUUAUCGAUCUUUCCGAGGAGAUUCAUUUGGAGACAAAAGUAGUGGCACUGCCAUCAGGUCAAAAUUAUGAUUCGAGUUUCAUAAUGAUGACUCUUGUUGCCUUUAUCGGCAGAACCUGUUGUACCUCAAAGGUAAACGUUGGAUUAAUAGCGAAUAAAUCCAAUAUACCACAAAAUGCAGCAAAACUUUACUCGGAUAUUUGCCCAGCCGUUUUCACGAUGGACUUGUCAAGCGAUGUCAAUGAAGUCAUUAAAAUUUGUCAGGGAGAACUGGAGAAAUAUGAAAACUCGAUGAGUUUUCUUGUCGAUGUAUUUUACCGAUAUCCCCACCUUCGUGAACGCAAACAAACACCACAUCACAACAUUGUCAUUGGAAGGAAGGAUGAUUCAUUUUCAGAAAUACUGCAUGAUUGCAAUAUCUUAUUGUUGCACUCAAAGGACACAAACGAGAUUCAUGUUAUGUACAACAGGAGACCCGCUCAAGACCUCAGUUUUCUUACUGACGUUUUCAAGCACUUUCCGAUCUUCCUCCGGUCCAUCACGCAAGAUUCCUCACAACUCCUUUGUGAAGUAUCUCUUAUUCCACAGGAAGAAAUGAAAAUUUUAUACCCUCCACCGACGGAAAGUACAAAACAGUUUGGUUCUACCAUCAUGGACAUUUUUGAAAGCUGCAGUGAAUGCUACAAUUCUAAGAUAGCACUGAAAACAUCAACUAUGUCCAUGACGUAUUAUGAGGCAAGACAAAUGGUAGGAAAAUUGUCAGUACUUCUUAAAGAGACAGCCCUGAACGGUCGAAAAAGAGUUAUUGGUUUGCAUCUGCCCAACUCCAUCGCCUAUGUUAUAUCAGCAUUAUCUGUCUUGAAAUGUAAGCACAUUUUUCUUCCACUCCCUCUGGAUUACCCAAAGGAUCGCCUAAUCUUUACGAUGAACGACAGUCAAGCCAAGACAGUCGUAACAACAAAAGAAAGGGUUGACCUCCUCGAUUUCAGGGAACUUACAAUCCCUCCGAAAAUAGUCCAAGCAGGUACAAUUGAUGGAAUAGAGCUUUAUUUGGUACAAUUUGGUUUUUACGAUACUAAGAGCGCCCAAGAGAAGGACAACUUUGAAAAUCUAGCAUAUAUUAUGUACACAUCUGGGUCUACUGGAAAACCAAAAGGCGUGAAAGUAAAGGAAAGUUCGGUUGUCAACCUUGCAAAAGCACAAAUCAAUCUUUGGGAUUGCAAUCCCGAGGAUGUGAUAGGCCAGUUUGCUUCUAUAGGUUUUGAUGCAACGAUUUCAGAAAUAUUUACAUCACUCUUUUCUGGAGCAACUCUCGCCAUUCUUAAGGAAAAAGAACGGUUGGGUCAAGAAUUUCUACUUUCAUUGAACCGGCACAAAAUUACAACUAUUACCCUUCCACCCUCUCUGCUGAACAUUUAUAGUCCUAAAGACUUUCCCUAUCUUAAGAAAAUAGUGACGGCAGGAGAAGCAUGCACUCUUUCAACAGCAUUUAAAUGGGCAGAGAAAGACAAAAGAAGAUUUUUUAAUGCGUAUGGACCAACGGAGACAACCGUCUGUGCAACUUGCUUUGAAUUCAAUCCUGAAGCAAACCAUGAAGAUGUCAAUUGCGAAUUGCCCAUCGGAAAGGGCAUUUCAGGUGUUGAUGUGUAUCUUUUUGACGACUACAUGAAACCGCUGCCUCCGGGGGUCAUUGGAGAAAUUUAUAUUGGAGGGCUUGGUUUAGCCGAGGGCUACCAUGGUCAUGCAAGUCACUUGACAAAAGAGAAAUUUGUCCAACACCCACUAACAAACUCACAAUGCAUUCUCUAUAGAACAGGAGAUCAUGCUUUACAGGAUUCUUCUGGGAACAUUACAUACGUUGGACGCUUAGAUGACAUGGUGAAGAUACGAGGCCAAAGAGUUGAUCUAAACGAAAUUGAACAAGUCUUAAUACAGCAUCCAAAAGUUGAUGUUGCCGUAGUUGUUCCUCACAGGUGUGUGAACAACAGUGAAUUAUCAAUAGCAGCUUUUGUUGCUCCCACAUUCGUAUUUUCCUCAGAGCUUCGAGAAUAUUUGGUAAAAGUCCUUCCAAAAUUCAUGAUUCCAGCUUUUAUCAAAAAGCUUAAUAUAUCUGAAUUCCCAAAAACAAUUAAUGGAAAACUGGACAGGAAAAAACUUGAAAAGGAUGAAUCCAUUCAUGAACAAACACAAUCCGUUGGACACAGUCACCUCAACGAAACACAACUUUUGAUUGCUCAGAUCUGGUGUGAAGUUCUGAAGCUGAAUCCUUCGUAUGCAUAUUCACAACAUAGAAAAAGUUCAUUUAGUGAACUUGGAGGAAACUCUCUUCAGUUGGUACUUCUACAGAGGCGGUUAGAAGACUCUUUUGGAUUGCUUCUCUCUUUCACUGACAUCGGCACUGCAGACACUAUAGAAGAGUUUUCAGAUGUAAUCAAAAGAAAGAAAGAUGUUAUGAGAAAAAAUGAACAAACACAAACACCUGAUGAUGAAGAACUAAGAAAUUUAAUAAUCAGUGAUUCCGAAAUGACAAGUGAUUUAUUUUUGCUACAUGCCAGGCGAGGAUCGGUUGAUAUCCCCCAUGUAUCGGCAACCAACCCUAGGAGUAAACUCAGGUAUCCUAAGAACAUUUUGAUUUCUGGAGUAACAGGUUUCUUGGGAGCUUACUUGUUGUCUGAACUUUUGGAAAAGAGCAAUGCGCACAUUUGUUGUAUGGUUCGUGAAACAUCGGAAACAAGAGGAAUGGGCAGAAUUAUGGAAAAUUUACGACGAUAUGACCUUUGGAAAUUUGAGUACACCAACAGAAUUGCUGUCGUCAUAUCGGAUUUGACACAGCCUCGUCUGGGAAUAGCACCAGAUAUUUAUAACUCCUUGUGUAAUUCCAUAGACGUUGUUUUCAUGAAUGCUGCAAUGAUGAAUUUCAACACAGAUUACCGGGAUCAUAGAAUAGCGAAUGUACUUAGCACCAAAGAGUUUAUAAAAUUUGCCUUGACGGGAGUUCAUAAGAUGCUAUUUACUACAUCAACUCUUGGGGUCUUUUUGUUUCCGCCAACACCAGGGCCUAAUGAGCCGAAACAUCAAAUAAUGUACGAAUGUGAUGAGUUCGAUGAUCCAUUCGAUAUAGCUGGAGGAUAUGGACAAAGCAAAUGGGCGAGUGAGCGACUAGUUUUGCAAGCUUUAGACAUAUUACCUGGGGGAGCUAUCUUCAGACCCGCAAGAAUCAGCGGUUGCACAACUGAUGGUAUAGGACCAAAGAAUGACCUUUUUGCUUCCACACUUAUCGGUAUGAAGAAAUUAAGCUGUUAUCCUGAUAUGGACUUUCCAUAUGACCUUACACCUGUAGACUACGUUGCAAAAUCUAUCGUAGAAAUCUCGCUAAAAAUUUGCAAUGACCGUCAAAAGAAAUACGAGCCUAUCUACCAUAUGUUUAACAAGCAAACUAUGCCAUUUAACCGGCUGUUUGACGGAGAGAAUCUAACGCCAUUAUCUUUGGAAGAAUGGAGAAAAGUUUUAAAAUCUGCCUCAGAAGAUAAUAAGGAACUUAUACCAUUAACACCUUUCUUCUUGUCUUCAUUUUGGGACAGGUCACCAUAUUGGCCAAUAUUUGAUACUACUAACACAGACAAUUUGAUUUCAAAGGAAACCAAAGAAUUAUUGAAACCAAGCGAAGAACUACUUGUGGUGUACAAACGCUAUUUUGGUUUGUUAGAUUAA